GGCGCCGCAUUCCUCAUGGCUCCUCUGAACCAGCGCUACACGCUAGUCGGUUUUUCUGAUGAAUUGGACUGGAGACCUGUGGACUUCGUGGAGCCCAUUCCGACGCACAGAGUCUGCAAAGCAUGCGGACUGGUGCCCAGAGUGACCGCUUCUCUGCCCUGUCUGCACGUUCUCUGCAAGAAGUGCUACGACCGUUGCCGGCAUGACGACGGACGUUGCUGUCCGCUCGAUGGUGAGCGAGUCCGGGAAGACGAUGUCGAGUGGCGGGAGAUUCCAGUAGACAACCUGCUCGAACGAAAGGUAAAAUGCUGGAACAAAGAAAGUGGCUGCCACAGGGUACUGACUGCGUCAGAGCUGAACAAGCACUUUUGUGAAGAGUGUGACCAUCACUGUACGUCGUGCCCCAAGUGUUCAAUACUCGUGCUUUGCAAUGAUGUCUGCGCGCAUAUACAAAGCGAAUGCAAAGAUUAUGCGGUGCCUCUUACAAAUGGGGCCCCUCAGACGGCCAACAGUGAACAAACAGCAAGAAUGAUGGCUUUGCAUUCAAGCAUCAGUGGUCAAGUGUGUGAAAUAAAAGACAGGCUUGUUAAAACUGCAAAUGAUAAUAACGCCCAAAGUGACUAUCUGAAUGAAAUUUCACUUAGCAUGAAAUCGAUCAAAGAAACGCUGCUACAUAUAUCAAUGGGAAGCAGAACGUUUGAGAACGUUGCGUCACGAACUGCUGAUUGCCUAUCGCGCUCUGAAGCAACAAGGGCAACACUGAUUGGUCAUGGUCAAAAGCUGCAGGAGCUUGCAGGAACAAUAGGCAAUUCAACUAACACUCUCAUGGGAACUUCAGGGGACAGGAAGCGACCUCUACCACAACUGAAAGAAAAUGCAGCGAAUGCGUUGCACGAAGCACCAAGGUUACAUGCGGCGGCUGAUAGCGAGGUGCUCGAGAAAGUAUGUGAGAAGGUAGAUACGAUAGAGAGAACCAUAGAAAAACAGUUCCAGGACGUCACUAGGACAAUCUGUAGUAAGUUAGAAAAAAGUGUUGCAGGCAUUACUGAAACACUAAAUCGUCCGCAGCGAAAGAGUUCGACGCCAUUAAGUAUAGAAAAAGAACUGGCACUAAGCACAAUGAGCCUAAAGCGAUACGAGUUUUCAGUAAAAGGCUUGAAGGCAAAGAAGGAACGUGCAUAUUCACAAGGCUACUGUGAUUGCCCAAGUGUAAACCUAUAUAUCUCAGGAUAUUACUUGUUGCCAGGAGUCUACCUUAACAAACAUAAGGGUACUGUUUUGCUGCAUGUUGGUAUUCAGCUCCUGAAAGGAGCGAUAGACGAUUUCCUUCAAUGGCCAUUCGACAAGAACAUUAAGCUGACCGUCAAACAUCCGUCGAAUAGCAAACAUCGCCAUUUUGUAACUAAACCUGAAGGCAACCUCACCUACUAUGGAAAGCCCCAAGGAUCAAGUAACGAAGGGGCAUAUUUGAGCGACAAAUCACUUCCACUGGAUGACUUGGAACACAAAGGAUACGUCACAGGCGACAAUCUCCAUAUAGUGUGGGAGAUUUUUUAGUAAGACCGGACCAAAUAAUGAUGAUAGCUGCUUUAUGUC